GACAGUGAUUGGACAGUCGCUUACACAAGCGCUUGUGUAAGGCGGCUGCAUUGAAGUUGUGUAAGGAGCAAAUAUACACCGUAGAAAACACCAAUCACACAUCAUUUCCUAAGCUCUUGAGACAAGCCACGUAUUGGAAACUCUAAAAGCGUGGAGAUGAGGAUGUGGAGGGCAUGUCUUCUGGGUUUGGCUCUGUCAGCUCUCUCUCAAGCUCAGCCCAUGUUCUCCGUCACCACGGAUACGGUUCUGCCUCCUGAUACUGUUCACAACCCCACCCAGCGGAAUUAUGGGAUGGCGGUGACGGAUGUAGAUGGAGACGGGGAUCUGGAGGUGGUGGUGGCCGGGUAUAAUGGCCCAAACCUGGUUCUGAAGUAUGACCGUACCCAAAACAAGCUCGUGAACAUAGCGGUGGAUGACCGUGGUUCCCCUUACUUCGCGCUGAGAGACCCGCAGGGGAACGCCAUCGGAGUGACGGCCUGUGAUGUGGACGGAGACGGCAGAGAGGAGAUCUACUUCCUCAACACCAACAACGCCUUCUCAGGUCGGGCGACUUAUGCUGACAAACUGUUCAAGUAUCGUAACGGUCGCUUCGAGGAUCUGCUCGGUGAUGACAUCAACGUGCGCAGAGGCGUGGCCAAUCGCAUGGCGGGACGCUCCGUGGCUUGUGUCGACAGAAAGGGAACAGGUCGAUACUCGAUCUACGUGGCGAACUACGCCAGUGGUAACGUGGGUCCUCACGCGCUCAUAGAGAUGGACGAAGCUGCCAGUGACGUCGAGAAAGGCAUCAUUGCACUGACUGAUGUUGCACCACAAGUCAACGUCAAUAAGUUCACAGGUGGCCGUGGUGUCGUUGUCGGUCCAAUCCUCAGCGACACAAGGUCUGACAUUUUUUGUGACAAUGAAAAUGGACCCAACUUCCUGUUCAAGAACAACGGUGAUGGGACCUUCACAGACCUGGCCGCCAAGGCCGGAGUUGAAGACAGAUAUCAGCACGGGAGAGGUGUGGGACUGGCCGACUUUAACGGAGACGGAAAAACAGACAUAGUUUACGGGAACUGGAACGGUCCACACCGCCUCUACCUGCAGGACGCCCAGCAGAGAUUCAAGGACGUCGCCACACAGGCCUUCGCCACUCCGUCACCCAUUCGCACCGUCAUCGCUGCAGACUUUGACAACGAUCUUCAGCUUGAAGUCUUCUUUAAUAACAUCGCUUACCAAGGAAACGCCCCCAACAGGAUCUUCAGGGUGUCGAGGAAGCUGAACUCUGACCCUGAGGUCACAGAGCUGGAUGUGGGCGACGCCUCUGAGCCUCAGGGGAGGGGCACAGGCGCCACAGUGACAGACUUUGACGGUGACGGUCUGCUGGAUCUGUUCGUGGCUCACGGGGAGAGCGCCUCUCAGCCCAUCUCUGUGUUUAAGGUCAACCAGGGCUCCUCUAAUAAGUGGCUGCGUGUGGUGCCACGAACACGUUUCGGUUGGUUCGCUCGUGGAGCGAAGGUGGUGAUGUUCACGAAACACAGUGGUGCACACACUCGCAUCAUUGACGGAGGAUCAGGAUAUCUGUGCGAGAUGGAGCCUGUGGCUCACUUUGGGUUAGGAACCAAUGAGGCCACCAGCGUUGAAGUAUUUUGGCCGGAUGGUCGCUCCAUCGCUCGGCCGCUCGAGUCCACUGACAUGAACACAGUCAUUGAGAUUGCAUAUCCUAAUGAGGGGGAGGAGUCAGCGCUCACAUCUGAUGCACAGUGUGGAGAGGGAUUCACAGUCAACACAAACGGCCGUUGCAUUGCGAGAGCCUGAGUAUUUUCAGCUGGACAUUGAGUCAUCAUCUCGUUAAAUCAGAGCUGUGCUGUCAGAUGUCCGAUACUGAAGCAGUUAUUCAACAAAGUCAACCACAACCUUCCGUCGUUACUGCCAAAUAUUUCCUGUAGUGCUAUUGAAAUUGAACACUUGUAGUUCAUCCAUCACAUUUCUAAGAGUAAAAUGAUAGUCAGCAUUAACUAAAUCUGAAAAUGUUUACGUCAGACACACUUGUUGCUUUUCUUUGUAUUUCCUUUUUUUUUUUUUUUACUUGUUUACUCAAAGGUGGAAUGGUGUGUGUUACUAAUAAAGCCCAGACUGUGAGUGUGACUCUGUCUCCAUUCCCUUCAUCCUGUUCAGAUGUAAAUGAGUGCAGGCGUCUGCCAGCAGUGUGUCCUCACACUCGUCCGGUGUGCACCAACACAUACGGACACUAUAAGUGCAGCUCAAAGAAGAGAUGUGUUGAGGGCUAUAAGCCCAGCAGGGACGGCCGAGCGUGUGUGGCUGUGUCCUCCCGGUACGACAGCAGUGUCUCUUCCUCUCCUGUCUGUCCUGGUUUUCCUCUCUCUGAUCUUCUCCUGAUCUCAGUGCUGGGUGUCUCUGGAGGUCUGUCUCCGUGUCGUUGAGUCUCUGUAGGUUUUCUGUUCUGGUCCGACUCACUGUCUGUCUCGAUGAAGACGGACCUCAGAGUGAUCAGAUGAUGCACAAACAGGAUGAAGAUCUUCAAUCAUGCUUUCAGACCUCUAGAGACUGACUGAAAACAUUACUGCAUGAAUAUUUGUCUCCACAAGGAGAAGUCACAGGAGUAGAAGAGCUGAACUGGAUGAAUUCAAUGAGUCACGAUGAUUGUCUUUCCCCAGACCUUACAUGUUGACACUUUACAAUAUUAUGGCACUUUAAAGCUGCAUUCUUUGGUUAAAAAGGAUCCAAAAUCAGUAAAUGAUUAAGUAUAUAACCAAUCAGUGUUCAAAACUAUCUCCUUAACUUAGCCCCUGAUUCUCAACAGUAAGCUAGUAAUGUUCUCUAAUUCGGCUUUGGGUCGGAUUUCGCAAGAAAUGCCAGUUUGUGACACUGUUAACACAUUUGAGAACAAAUUAUAAUAUUUGCAUGUUUGAUGUGAUCUGAGCUAGCUUUACCAAUUAUUAAGGUUAAGUGCAACUGGCAGACAUGUUACUUCUUCAGAUUUCCAGCGAUACUUGUUAUUUUUGACAUAUUUCCAAGAUGUAUCUGUAAUUCUGAAGUACAUACACCUCAAAACAUAAGAUUCAUCCGCGCUGGAGUCAUGCCGAUGCACAGCCCACUUAAAGAAGAACAUUUCAAACAGAGAUGGUGACAAAGAGGCAUAUAUAUUAAUAUCUUAACUUAAUGGCAAAAAACAAUGAACUGUUUAACAGGAAAGCAUUUCAUUUUGGGCAAGUAAAUAAAACCCUGUGCAUGAAAAUACCUUUAAAUAAAAU